CUGUACUAAACAUCAAAACAACAAAACUUUAACAGAAACACCAAAAAGUUAUAUAUGCUAUGUGUUAUGACCUAUAGAUACACCAAUGCGUACAACUCUUUUGGCUCAACAUAUCGGAAAAUGAUCGUACUUCCACCGAAUGUAUUUUGCGCGUUUGCCGCUGUCCUAAAGAACUACAGUCAUUUAAAUUUUUGGAGGGAGAAAACAAAAUGGCAGACUUUCUGGAAAACGUCGAAGUUGGACACUAUAGAUCGCUUGAUAUGCCAAAGAACUUUGCGAUCAGGGUGAAGAUCAAGAAAAUAACAUCCGCGAGUUUUCUUCCUGGGUUUCGUAUUGGCUCUCAACACGAUGUACAGGAAGGUGCUGAGAUGGCGGGAGAAGCAGUCGAAAUGCCAGAGAUCGGUAGAAACCGGCCAGAAACCGAAGCCAAUGACGAAGCCGAGGAGAUGGUAUUUUACUGGCAACAGAAAGCAUUUUCUCAGCGAGAGAUGGAGAUCUAUUCGUCAGACUCUCUGUAUGGCUCAGGCCUUGAGCAACAUUAUAAGGAUGAAGUCCAGAGACUAAGGGAAAGAGGAGGACGUCCCAACAGAAGGCUAUUUUGUUAUGUGGAUGAAGAUGCCUUUGUCAACUUAGAUGAGGAGUCAAGAACACUCACUUCUUCACCCACGGAGGUGCCUUCAUUCCUGGUCGAAAAAAUGCUAAACGUGAGACAGCGCAAUGUUGGAGGGAGCAAGCUGGACAGAAGACAUCGCCCUGGCGGGUUCAGCCACCACAUAAACCCUGUCACUACAUAUACUUCAGAGAUAGCCAAGGAUACUGCACAUGUGAUAAGCACAACCUUUCGCAGAAUGCACAUUAUGGCAGACCUGGCUCAGGAUAUAUCAAAAAGUACUCCCCAGGAUGAAUACACUCUCUGUACAAUAAAGAUCGACAUAAAUGGACAGAUUUUAGUGAAGCCCGAUUUUAAUGGUGGUCAUUUGGGUUAUCGUAUAGAAACACAAACAGAGUCUAGAGAUGUUUAUGAAUACAUGAUAGAGCACUGCUCCCAAGCCAUGACUAGUGACCAAAAAGAGCAAGAGAUCAAAAGUUUUAAUGAGCUUUACAACAGACAUGCGUUGUACUUACAAUCACAAAUCGGUCAAGAAUUUGAAUCAGUGAUUGAACCAGGAGUGUUGAGACUUGACUUGUUUGGGGAAAUAGUAUCAGCUAAAGGGUUUGAGUAUGAUGGUCUUUACGUCCAUUUUUUCCUUGAGUCGCCCUCAGAGUGGACCUUUGAAGGAUCACCGAUAAUGUCUGGUGUCACACACACUUGCAAUGUCAAAGCUUAUGGAGAGGAUGACGUAGCUCAUUUCUGUUUUCCAUUUGAAUACUCUCUCGUGUACGAUGCUCGUCAUAGCCCUGACGCAUUCGUCAAGUGGCCGUUAUUGUUUGUGGAAGUCAUGUCUUUGGAUAGCUGGGAGCGACACCGAACUGAAGGCUAUGGCUACACCGUCAUACCCAACAAAGCGGGCUCCCAUGAAAUCGUUAUCAACACGUGGCGGCCUAUUGGUAAUGGUCCAGUUCCAGAGUUAAGACGUUUUUUUAUUGGCGGCUCCCCUGAGCUUGAGGAUCCUACGUACCCUCAGCAGCCAGUGGCCACCGAGGAAAAGGUCUUGAGCAAGUUUUAUUUCCGUACCGCAACAUCAGGAAGUGUGACUAUUCGCCUGAACGUGGUACAGCAAUGCCAAGCAUUCAUGGAGUCAAAAAAGUCAAAGAAACACGCACGGACUCUCCUAGACAGGCUAGGAGGUACAAGAGCUCUGGACUCUCUUGGCCAAGUUAUGGAUGCGUUUCAGAGAGCUCGCAAGCGAAUGAUCUCAGCCAGAGAAACUCUUCCUACGAUCAAAUGACCUAGCAUUCCCGAAGUGCAAGAUAAUAUUCCAUGACUAUAUUUAUUGUAAAUAACAAACAAACUGUUAAGCGAUAUUUUAACAGACACCGAUGUAUGUAUUUAAAAUAAAUAUUUUAUUUUAAAUCGUAAAA